CUUGCAAGAAAUAGAUUCCGAGGAAUCAAUCCCAUCAGGAUGGCUAACCUGGGAUUGUUAUAUGGGAGUAAAACAUCGAAUUCUUCGGUGAUUGUGAGCUUCCGAAUACCGUAUUUUACUCAAUGGGGGCAACAGAUACUAGUAUGUGGUUCUGAACGUGUACUGGGGGCAUGGAAUGUGAAGAAAGGCCUUCUGUUGAAGCCUUCUCACGAAGGAGACGAGCUAAUAUGGUCCGGUACUCUGUCAGUGCCAGCUGGAUUUAAUUCCGAGUACAGUUACUAUGUUGUGGACGACGAUAAAAAUGUUUUAAGAUCGGAGGCUGGGAAAACGCGAAAAAUGUCGCUACCUAACGGUGUUCGAAUUGGGCAGUCGGCUGAGCUUCGUGAUCUAUGGCAGACUGGUUCUGAUGAUUUACCGUUAAGAAGCGCAUUUAAGAAUGUGAUAUUUCGUAAAAGCUGGAAUCUGGAAGCUGAGAGACGAGUCGAGAAACCCCUUGAGCCAGUUCAGAAUCCGUCGGAUGACAAAGAUUCAGUCGUGGUGCAGUUCAGAAUUUGCUGUCCGAAUGUUGAACAAGGCACAUCGAUUUAUGUGAUUGGUAGUUCUUCGAAGCUGGGGAAAUGGAAGAUCGAAGAUGCACUUAAACUCAGUUAUGCCGGUGAAUCAGUUUGGCUAGCUGAAUCUGCAUUGACAAAGGACGACUUUCCUAUAAAAUACAGAUAUUGCAAAUCUGACAAAGCUAAAAAGAUUUCUGUGGAAACUGGUGGUAAUAGGGAGCUUCUUGUUGACUUCUCGACUAGUCAACCCAAGUACAUUAUUCUUUCAGAUGGACUAAUGCGAGAAAUGCCUUGGAGGGGUGCUGGUGUAGCGAUCCCGAUGUUUUCGAUAAGAUCGGAAGCUGACGUGGGCGUGGGUGAGUUUCUUGAUUUGAAGUUACUAGUCGACUGGGCAGUUCAGUCGGGUUUCCAUUUGGUUCAGCUAUUGCCGAUUAACGAUACAUCUGUACACGGAAUGUGGUGGGAUUCAUAUCCUUACAGCUCUCUGUCGGUAUUUGCAUUGCAUCCAUUAUACCUAAGAGUGCAGGCCCUUUCAGAAAAUAUCUCGGAGGAUAUCAAGCAAGAGAUACAACGUACCCGAGAACAGCUGGAUGGAAAGGUUGUGGAUUACGAGGGUGCCAUGGCUGCAAAACUUUCAAUUGCCAAGAAAAUUUACUCGGUGGAGAAGAAAACCGUAUUUAGUUCAGUUGCUUACCAGAACUUCUUUUCCGAGAAUCAGGAAUGGUUAAAACCGUAUGCAGCCUUCUGUUUUCUACGGGACUUCUUCGAAACUUCGGAUCACAGCCAGUGGGGCCGCUUUUCUCAUUUUUCCGAAGACAAGCUCGAGAAACUAGUCUCGAAAGACAGCAUACACUACGAUAUAAUUGGUUUUCAUUACUAUAUACAAUUCCAUUUACACAUCCAGUUAUCGGAAGCUUCCGAAUAUGCAAGAGCGAAAGGAGUAGUGUUAAAAGGAGAUCUCCCAAUCGGAGUUGACCGAAACAGUGUGGAUACUUGGGUGUACCCGCGCCUGUUCCGCAUGAACACCUCCACCGGUGCACCACCAGAUUAUUUCGAUAAAAACGGACAAAACUGGGGUUUCCCUACUUAUAACUGGGAAGAAAUGUCGAAAGAUAAUUAUGCUUGGUGGCGUAAUCGUUUAACACAGAUGGCGAAGUACUUCACGGCGUAUAGGAUUGAUCAUAUACUGGGGUUCUUCAGAAUCUGGGAGCUUCCGGAACAUUCGUUGACCGGUCUUUGCGGAAAAUUCAGACCAUCGAUUCCUCUAAGCCAGGAAGAACUUGAAAGGGAAGGACUAUGGGACUUUAAUCGAUUGAGUCAACCGUAUAUUAGGCAACAAAUGUUGCAGGAGAAAUUUGGAGCUUCCUGGACUAUUAUUGCCUCCAGUUUCCUCGAUGAAUACCAAAAAGACCAUUACGAGUUCAAGGAGGAAUGCAAUACGGAAAAGAAAAUUGCGUCAAAGCUGAAGUCUUGCUUAGAGAAAUCCAUCUUGGUGGAGAGUGAAGAAAAGCUUCGACGCAACCUGUUUGAUCUUCUUCAGAAUGUAGUUCUUAUUAGAGACCCGGAAGAUUCAAAAUCGUUUUACCCCCGUUUCAACCUUGAGGAUACAUCAAGCUUUAAUGAUUUGGAUAAUCACAGCAAAGAUGUAAUGAAAAGACUAUAUUACGAUUACUAUUUCCAGCGGCAAGAAACUAUGUGGCGUCAAAAUGCACUAAAAACGUUGCCUGUUCUUAUGAACUCUUCUGAUAUGCUGGCUUGUGGAGAGGAUCUUGGCAUGAUUCCUUCUUGUGUCUACCCUGUGAUGCAAGAAUUGGGCUUAAUUGGAUUACGUAUACAACGAAUGCCCAACGAACCUGGUCUGGAAUUUGGUAUUCCUUCGCAGUACAGUUAUAUGACUGUAAACGCGCCGUCGUGCCAUGACUGUUCGACCCUCCGUGCGUGGUGGGAAGAAGACGAAGAGAGAAGAAGCAGAUAUUUCAAGACUGUGGUGGGCGCUGAUGUGGCGCCACCUGAUAGGUGCACUCCUGAAAUUGCGCACUUUGUUUUGCGCCAGCAUGUCGAAUCUCCGUCCAUGUGGUCAAUUUUUCCGCUUCAGGAUUUACUAGCACUGAAAGAAGAAUACACGACGCGCCCAGCUGUAGAGGAGACGAUAAAUGACCCGACUAAUCCGAAACACUAUUGGCGAUUCCGAGUACACGUGACAAUGGAGUCAUUGCUAAAGGAUAGAGAACUUGUAUCAGUUAUAAAAGGUCUGGUCCGCAGUAGCGGAAGAUCGUACCCUCCUUCACAGGACGAUGAAUUACAGCUGGAAAAACCGAGCGUAGAAAAUGGGAAGAAAGAAGAAGCCCAAUUCACUGCUUCUAAGCUUGCAAACAAAGAAGCAGUUACAGUCUGAUUUUUUAAUUUCUUGUUGCUGGCAAUAAUAAUAAAUCAUUUUAGUCUAUAUAUAUAUAUACUUUUGCUUUACCAUUUUAUUCUCAAGAAUAAAUUAAGGUUAAAUUAUUAUUUUUAACUAUCAAUGUAAUUUGAUUUGUUUUUCAACACAAGUUACCCCA